AGACAAUGUCUAAGCUUAGAACAACCACCAACAAAAAGACUGGCAUUGUCAAGCUUAAGAUAGUUGUAGAGAAGCUACACAAAAGUCUCAUCCUACGGAAGAAAUCAUCAUCUUCCCAUUAUAAAGAUUUUGAGGAAGUUUGUGACACAAACAAUGUGCCAGACGACGUCAAGGAAGGACACUUCGCCGUGAUUGCCAUGGACGACGACGAGUUCAAGAGAUUCGUCGUUCCACUGAGUUGCCUGACUCACCCAUCGUUCUUAAUACUCUUGGAGCAAGCAGCAGAAGAGUAUGGGUUCGAUCACGAGGGUGCGUUGACAAUUCCUUGCAGACCGAGUGAGCUCGAGAGGAUAUUGUCUGAGCAAUGGGUGGAAGAGAGAGACACGAGAAGUGAUGUAAAAUGGCGUUCCCGUAAAACUGUGGUGAGGAGCUGUUGA